GCAUCUCUUGGGUUAGAGGUGGCCUACAAGGUGGCUCAGUGGCUAAGACGCUGAGUUUGUCGAUCGAAAAGUCGGAAGUUCGGCGGUUAGAAUCUCUAGUGCUGCCGCGUAACGGGGUGAGCUCCCGUGACUUGUUCCAGCUUCUGCCAACCUAGCAGUUCGAAAGCACUUAAAAAAUGCAAGUAGAAAAAAUAGGGACCACCUUUGGUGGGAAGGGGAGAGCGUUCCGUGCGCCUUUGGCGUUGAGUCAUGCCGGCCACAUGACCACAGAGAUGUCUUCGGACAGUGCUGGCUCUUCGGCUUUGAAAUGGAGAUGAGCACCGCCCUCUAGAGUCAGGAACGACUAGCACGUAUGUGCGAGUGGAACCUUUACCAUUUUACAAUGAAUCUAGGACAAUGUGCCAUGGCCAACUCACUGCAGCCAACUCACCUUAGCCAGCUUACUACAGCCAAAUUGCCACGGCCUACUCGCCACAGUAAACUCGCCGCAGCCAACUCGUCACUGGUCAAUUCCCCAUGGCCAAUUCACUGUGGGACAACUUGCUGCAGGACAAAAAUGACAUAACAUGGAAGAAAUGGUGGAAUAGAAUCGUCAAAGGAAGGAUGCAAAAGGAGGGACAGAAUGAAAUGUGAAUGAAGAAAAUUAAAUGAAUUAAUUUUCAGAUUAAAUGAAAUGGUAUUAAAAUGGUAUUAAAAAAACAAGUUUUUAUUGGUCUUUCAAUUUCCCCCCUUCCACACAACCACAAUUCAUGAACAGAGUAUUGACAUUUUCUUACCUUAUAUAAUUCAAAAUAUUUAAAUAGAUUUUUCUUAGUUACAAUUUUAGCCAAGAUGUUCCUUUUUUCCCCAUAGUUUUUUAUUCCUUUCCUAAUAUUGCUUUGCAUAUUUUAUUGAAUCACAUCUACUUUCGCCCUUCAUUUUCUAAUUUCUCCAUUUUUGUUCAUAUUCAUUCCCUUUCAUUCCUUUUUUUGUGCAACUAUUUCAGUUUUUAUACUUGGAAUAUUUUUGGGGUUGUCUUUUCUCCAUUUCCGUUUCACAGCAAUCUCUUCCCUUGCACUCCUCUCCCUCUCUCUUUUCUUUCUACCUACUUUCUUCCUCUCUUCUCCUCCUCCUUUUCUACUUCCCUUUCCUUUCUCCUCCACCCUGCUUCCUCCCUAUCUAACCUGUCGUGUCCCACUCCUCCGCUGACGGCCGGGUCAGGGAAAUCCGAAUCAGGCGUGCCUCUGCAGCUCUGCCAAAGUCCUAGCAAAGUCCUCAAGGCAGGCAGGAGACCAGAAAGUGACUUCAGCAAGAUAUGUUUAGACUUUGCCUGACUCAGAGAAUGCCAGAAAGCAGAUCCUUUAUAUAGGCCAUGGGGUGUGGCUCCAUGACUCAGCACUUAUCCAGGCCUGCCCCUCCCUUCCUUCUGUUGCCUCCGCCUAUCAAGUCUUCUGACGCGAGGGUCACUCCAGUCUGCAGCUGUUGGCAAUUGACCUCCCUCAGGCUCACAUGCUGUGGAGGAGGGGGAGGGGUCUAGUUGCUCCAUUUGCCUGGGCAUGGAGCCAGAGCUGGGGGCUGGAGGUAUUUCUUCCUCCUCAGCCUGUCUGGGCAUGGAGCCAGGGCUGGGGCCGGGAGGCAUACUAGGACAUUCUUCAGCGUUCGGAAGCAGAUAAGCAGACCCCGGCUGUGGUGAGAGCGGGCAAGACACAACAACCUUCUCUCCUACACUUAACUUCCCUGAUUAAAUAAAAUGGUUGAAAUUGCCCUGCGGUGAUUUUUCCCGCGGCAAAUUGGCUGCUGCAAAUUGUCCCGUGGUGAGCUGGCCAUGGCAAGUUGGCCACGGCGAAUUGUCCCAUUCCGCCGUCAGUUGAUGCCCCUCUUCAGCUCCAACGUGUCAAAGCAGGUCGAAUCAGAUUGGACUCUCGGUGGUGGCUGGGAAACCACAAGUGAAGGGCUGUGGACAGAUGUGGGCAGAUGUGUAGUACUCUGCUCCCAGCUGAAGUGUAGAAGGCGAUCCCAGCAGGUGGUCCCAAAUUUUUCGAUCUUCAGCCCCAGCAGUUUCCUCAGGAAAACGGGAUCAAAAUCCUAGAUUGAAAAGUGUGUUACAUUUAUACGCUGCCCCAAGUUGCAUCAUAAUAAAAUCUAAAUUAUUACACGUCGUCCCCGACUUACAACAGUUCAUUUAGCGACCGUUCCAAGUUACAACAGCACUGAAAAAAAGUGACUUAUGACCGUUUUUCACAGUUACGACCUUUGCGGCCGCCUCAUGAAUGUGCGAUCAAAAUUCAGACGCUUGGCAGACUGGUUCAUACUUACGACCGUUGCAAUGUCCCGGGCUCACGUGAUCCGCUUUUGAGAACUUCCGACGCGCAAUUCAUUUAACAACCGUCAUAUUUAGGACGGUCGCAGUCUCCCGGGGUCACGCGAUCCCCUUCUGCGACCUUCUAGACCAGUCAACCCGGAAGCCGGAUUCACUUAACAACCGGGUUUCGAACGUAUCGGCUGCAGCGAUUCGCUUAACAACUGCGGGCAAGGAAGGUCGUAAAAUGGGGCAAAGCCAUAGAAAUGUUGGGCUCAGUUGCGGUCGUAACUCAAGGACCACCUGUCAUUUUCCCCACCGGCCAUACCAGCCGGAGUUCUCAGGAUUCCUUGGGAGAAGACUGAGCAGCGAAACUGGUUUGAGAACUAGUUUGCUUCGGCACUUUCAGGAGGCUGGCUGGGGUAUUUCAGAAUUGAGGCCGCUGCAGAUUCCUCUUCAGGGUUGUGGUACACGCCCCUGCUCAGCCUGGAAUGAACGGAUUGUCGGUUCUCAACAAAAGUGAUUCGGGGGAAUCACAAAAUCACAAAAGCGUUGAGAACCCCAAGCUGACCUAAUUGACUUGAUUAAUUAACUCAUCGAGGAGAGGAGCAACCUAGAACUACGGAGAAACUUCCCGACAGGAAAGAAGAAUUAGAAAAUGUGAAGGAGUGGCAUGGGACCAUUGCCAUCGGCCAGCCUCGCCUUAGUUCUGUGCUUGGUAUUCCUGGCUCGGGCCCAGAGUCCCGUGGCGCCUCCUUGCCAGAUCAUCUCCGACACCGUCGCUCCUUGCCGAGGUCAGAAGCUGCUCCAAGUCCCUCAGGACCUCCCCAGCACUCUGGAGAAGUUAGACCUUUCCUACAACAAGAUCGAACAGAUCGGUUCGGCGGACUUCUCGUCCUUGACUCGGCUGAAAGAGUUGGACCUGGGCUACAACCACAUCUUCUCGAUCGCCAACGACUCCUUCGCGUCCAACCUCCUUUUGGAGAAGUUGAGUCUCUUCAAUAACUCCUUGGGGGAGAUCCCUUCGCUGGCUUUGAGGCCUUUGAAGCAACUGACCGCCUUGUCUAUCUCGAACAACCUCUAUCCUCGCUUGAGGCUGGAUGGGGUGUUCAGAUCCCUGGAGAACCUCAAAGAGUUGUCCCUGGGCGGCCCCGUGAUUUACACGGUGGGACGUGAAGACUUUGUUCCUCUGAGGGACAUUCCGUUGACGAGGUUUUUCCUCAAAACUGCUUCCAGUUUGACAGAGUAUCAACAAGGGGCCUUUUCUAAACUCAACACCACAGAAUUGUGGUGCGACAUCGCCCUGGACAAAAACCCGGGGGCUUUGCCCGUUAUGCUCCAUGACUUGAAAGGGAAGCAGCUACAAUACCUCCGUUUCCGUAACCUCUUCGAGUUCACCUACUACACCGAUUCCGUAGACCUCUUUGCCGGCUUGGCUGAGGUUGACGUGGGAGAGCUGGUCUUCUACAGGGGGAAAUUCAACGAGAACCUGCUGCGUUUGGUCCUCUUAAAUGUCCAGAAGUCCCGAGUGCGAGACCUCUCCUUCAUUGCUAUCGAUUUUGCCCGGUCUCCCGAGUGGAAGCUUCCGGAAGCUGGCAUCGCCAACCUGACCCUCCGCCGCUUGUUGCUGAAGGACAUCAGUAACCCCGAUAUUUUGCGUUUCGACUGGACUUUUACUUGGUUUGCCGGGGUAACCUACCUUUCCAUCCUCAAUGUCAACUUCAACUUUGUGCCCUGUGAUGCCUGGGGGGAAAUGAGGAACGUGGUGGUUCUAGAUGUUUCUAAUAACCGCUUGCUAGAUGAAUACAUCUACAACGAAGGGUGUUUAUAUCAAGGUAUCAUGCCCAGCCUGGAGCACUUCAAUCUUAGCAACAACGAAUUAACCUGCCUGAGCAUAGUCUCCAAGUUGACGUCCAGCUGGCCCCGGUUAUCCAAGCUAGAUCUAAGCCACAAUCGAAUCAAGAACUGUAGGGAAUUGCCGUGUGUUUGGAGCCCCAGUCUUGUUUGGUUGGAUUUGUCUUACAACGUCGUCACGGCGGGGAUCUUCCAGUGCCUUCCCGCCAGGUUGCAGUUCCUGGAUUUGUCCUACUCUCAGUUGGAACGCCUUGAGAUGGAGUACUUUGAGGUCGCUGUGGACCUCCAAGAGUUGCGGCUGAGCGGGAACAAGAUCAAGUUUAUCCCGACCGAAUGGAGAUGUCCGAAUCUCCGGGUUUUGGCCGUGGACGGCAACUCCUUCGGUGUCAUCUGCAAAGGUUCCUUCGUGAAUAUGCCGCAGCUCACGCAGCUGAAAGCGGGGAACAACCCUUACCACUGCGUCUGUGACCUCUACGGCUUCCUUCAAGAGACCCUGAAGAACUGCAGGUUGCAGAUUGUGGACUGGCCCGGCGGAUGGACCUGUUAUCACCCCGAGCCCCUGCGCGAUACGGCGGUGAUUGCUUAUACCCCAAGACUGACCCAGUGUAGCGUCAUGGUGGUGGUAGCCAUUGCUGUCUCCAUCACAGCCGUUGUGGUGAUUGUCGUCAUGGUUUUGUGUUGGUGGUUCAACGUACCCUGGUACCUCAAGGCCACCAUCCAAGUCGUGCGCUCCAAAUAUCGGUCCGGACGCUCCCAACCGUUGCGAGACUUUGCCUACCACGCUUUCAUCUCUUACAGCUGCUCCGAUGCAGACUGGGUCAGGUGGGAACUCCUCCAGAGGUUGGAGGCCUCGACGCCACCGUACCGCAUCUGCAUCCACGAGCGGGAUUUUACACCCGGCCGUUGGAUCAUCGACAAUAUCAUCGAAAACAUUGAGAACAGCCGGAAGAUCAUCUUCGUGCUCUCGCGCAGCUUUGUGGACAGCGAUUGGUGCAAUUACGAGCUCUACUUCGCCCAUCAGCGGGCGGUGGGGCUGAGCUUCGAGGACGUAGUCUUGGUAGUGAAGGAAGCCAUCGACCCGCAAGCGCUGCCCAACAAGUUUUGCCGACUGAGGAAAAUGCUCAGCAAAAGGACGUACUUAGAGUGGCCUUCGGAGCCCGGACGCCAGGCCUUCUUCUGGAUGCAGCUGACGUCCGUCCUGGGGAAGGCCGAGGUAAUCAAGACGGACCCAAAGGAGGAUCCGGGCGACGUCACUUGGAGAAAAAAUGGCACGGCUGAGGACAAUCUUGAAAUGGAUAAUGUGGCUAAUGCAGACGGUGUUCCGGCGCGUUAAAUAGGACUGAGUUUAAGUCAAGAGGAGCCUUCAGAAUUUAACAGCCGAGUUCGCGUCUAGUGAUUUGUUUGAUCGUGGUUUAUUCGGGAAGCCUCAAUGGCUGGCUUCACAGAGAACACUCAAGCUGUAAACCAUGGUUUGUGAAUUGCUGUGACUGGGUUCUCACAGCAUGCCAAAAACGCCUACAACAGCCCAAAAUUUCUGUUGCUAAGUGGAACAUUGGAUAAGUGAAUCCUGCCUCAUUUUACGACCUCUCUUGCCACAGUUGGUAAGUGAAUCACUGCAGUUAAGUUAAUAACACAGCUGUUCAGUGAAUCUGGUUUCCUCGUUGAUUUUGCUGGUUAGAAGGUCACAAAAGGGAAUCACGUGACCCCAGAACACUUAUCACCGUCAUAAACAUGAGUCAGUUGCCCAACACCUGAAUUUUGAUCGGACGACUGUGGGGAAGCUGCAACGGUCGUUAAGUGUGAAUAAGUCAUUUUUUUUUCCAGUGUUGUUAACUUUGGUCAUGAAACGAACUAUCGUAUGUCAAAAGUUACUUGUAUUAUCACUGUCCUUUGUCUGCUUUUAUAAUUACAGUUUUUUAAAAUCGUCGUUUCGUCUCUUGUGUUUUCUCUGAAAUGUUCAGCAUUUUGCAGUGGUUAUAAUUUAAGAGCUGUGGUGGCGCAGUGGUUAGAAGGCAGCAUUGCAGGAUAAACUCUGCCGACUGCCACCAGUUCGAUGCUGACCGGUUCAAGGUUGACUCAGCCUUCCAUCCUUCCGAAGUCGGUAAAUGAAGCACUGUGAAGCACUAUAUAAGUCUAAGUGCUAUUGCUAUCUUCCUUCCUUCCUUCCUUCCUUCCUUCCUUCCUCCCUCCCUCCCUCCCUCCCUCCCUCCCAGUGGUUAGAAUGCAGGAUUGCAGGCUAAUACUCCAACUGCCAUCAGUUUGAUCCUGACCAGCUCAAGGAUGACUCAGCCUUCCAUCCUUCGGAGGUCGGUAAAUGAAGCACUGUAAAGUGCUAUAUAAGUCUAAGUGCUAUUGCUAUCUUCCUUCCUUCCUUCCUUCCUUCCUCCCUCCUUCCCUCCCAGUAGUUAGAAUGCAGUAUUGCAGGUUAAUAUCUGCCCACUGUCAGAAAUUCAAUCCUGACCAGCUCAAGAUUGACUCAGCCUUCCAUCCUUCUGAGGUCGGUAAAUGAAGCACUGUGAAGCAUUAUAUAAGUUUAAGUGGUAUACCUUCCUUCCUUCUGGUUAGAAUGCAAGCAUUGCAGUCUUAAUUCUUCCCACUGCCAGAAGUUCGAUCCUGACCAGCUCAAGACUGACUCAGCCUUCCAUCCUCCUGAGGUCGGUAAAAUGAGGACCCAGAUUGUGAGUCUGUAAACUGCUUAGAGGGAGCUGUAAAGGGCUGUGAAGCGGGAUAUGAAUCUAAGUGCAAUUGCAAUUGUUAAUUAACAUGGCAUGCAAGUAUCCCAUUGAAUCAAACAAUUGAAGUGGGUAAAAAUCUACCUACAUUCUGGAUGGGAUGCUAGAAAUCUCAGGGCUGCAGUGAGCUUUUACCGACUCCACAUCUCUUUUUAAAAAUGGAAUAAAAUCUAAAUAUGCAAUGCCACUAACUGUCCAGCAGGUGGAAGCGGUGGAUAAAAUAUUGGGAUUGAUUGAGGCUCUUAAGAAUAAUCCCAACUACAGAUAGUCCUCUAUUUACAACCAUAAUGGAGCCAGCAUUUCUCUUGCUAAGUGAGGCGUUUGUUAAGUGAGCUUUUACCGACCUUUCUUGUCAUGGCUGUUAAGUGAAUCACUGCAGUCGUUGUGUGAGUAGCACUGUUGUUAAGUGAAUCUGGCUCCCCGCCUCCCAUUGACUUGGUUUGUCAGAAGGUCGCAAAAGGGGAUUCUCGUGAUCCCGGCCAACACUGCGACCGUCAUAAUUGCGAGUCAGUUGCCAAGGGUCUGAAUUUUGAUCAUGUGACCGUGGGGAUGCUGCAACGGUCGUAAGUGUGAGAAAUGAUUAUAAGUCCCUUUUUUUCAGUGCCGUUGUAACUUUGAAUGGUUGCUAAAUGAACUGUGCUAAGUCGAGGACUACGUGUAUUUUCAAAUCUUAAAAUGAAAAAGGGAGGCAGAGGUUUUGUUUUGUCUUCUAAAAUUGCUUUUUUUUCUGGUAAUGUUUUUCUUUGGUUUCACGUGUGUAUUAAUUUUUUGGCAUUCUCUCUAGCCACUCGGAAUAGGGAGAACAAAAGAGAGACCGUUUGUAAAAUGCACCUAAAAUGCGUUGCACAGGUAGUCCUUGACUUACAACAGUCCAUUUCGUGGCCGUUACAACAACACUGAAAAAAGUGUCUUUUAGUUAGGACCAUUUUUCACACUUACGACCCUUAAAGCUUCCCCUGGGUCACGCGAUCAGAAUUCAGCGGCUUCGGCAACUGGUUCGUACUUAUGACGGUGGCAGUGGCUUGGGGUCACGUGAUCCCACUUUUGCGAUCUUCUGACCAGCAAAGUCAGUGGGGAAAUCAGAUUCACUUAACAACCGGGUGACUCACUUACCAGCCGCAGUGAUUCCCUUAACAGCUGUGGCAAGGAAGGUCACACAAUGCAGCAAAAUUCACUUAGUUCUGGGCAACAGAAAUGUUGGGAUAAAUUGUGGUGGUAUCUCGAGGCCCACCUAUAAAAAAGAUGGCUGAGGCUGACCUAGCAAAAGUUUAUCUCUCCCAUAAGAAGGAGGAGGGAGAUGGAAGAAAGGGAGAAGGAGAGAGAGGAAAAGAAGAAAUGGAAGAGGAGAGGAAGAAAGGGAGGGAAAAUAAGAGUAGGAGAGAAAGUUAAAGAGGGAGGAAGAAUGGAGGAGAGGGAGAAAGGACAGGGAAGUAGAGAAGGAGUAGGAGAGGAGAGUAGAAAGUAGGAAGGAUAAAAGGAGGGAGGGAGAGGAAUGAGAAAGAGAAGAAAGAUUGCUGUAAAAUGAAAAAGAUGAAAUGGAAGAAAGACAACCCCGAACAUGUUUGAUUAGAUCAGGAUUAAAAAAAUUGAACUUGUGACAAAAUAAUAAAAGAGAAUAUAUAUUAGUGAAAAUAGAGAAAUUAGAACUUGAGGGUGAAAGAAGAUGUGGUUUAUAUAAAUGAGCAUAGACGUAUUAAGAUAUGAUUAAAAUAUGGAAAAAGAAUAUUUUGGCAGAAAUUGUAACUAAGUAAAAUGUAUUUGGAUAUGUUAAGUUGUAUAAGAUACGAUAUGGCCAAUACUCUGUUCAAACUGUGUGUUGGGGGGUGAGUGGAAUCAAUAAAAAAUUGAUUUAAAAAACAGUUUAUCUCUGCCAAAUAUCCCUCAUUAAAAAGAGAAGGUGGGGGGGUUGGGAUUGCGCUGGACUUGAAUUUGGAAGAAAAAUAAAUUGGUUCAAGACCUGAUCUGCUGCUCGAGAUCUGCGCUUUGUGGCAAAUUCCUAAUUCAGGGUUUCAGUUGCACAAAGCGGCUUCUUGUAUUCCACAAAAAAAUCUUCAAAACAAUUUUUUUUUCCCUCUUCCUGCACAGGAAUUUUGCAAUUUGAGGAUGAAAUACCAAAGCUUGUCAGCAGAAACACACACACACACACAAAUGAGAAGCAUAAAUGUGUGCGUGUGUGUGUGUGUGUUUUUAUUUUUAUUUUUUUAAAAAGUAGCUUUCCUUUCUUUUGCUAAGCAGAAGUUAUCCCCCAAGAGUAGUGGUGGAAUUCAGGUUUUUUUUGCUACCG